AUGGAUGCUAUUGGGCCCAUAGAGCCUCCCGCAUCAAAUGGACAUCGUUUCAUCCUGGUGGCUACUGAUUAUUUCACAAAAUGGGUCGAAGCUUGUACAUACAAGGCAGUGACUAAGAAGGUAGUGAAAGACUUUGUUCGCAAUAACAUAGUUUGUCGGUUUGGAAUUCCAGAAUCAAUCAUAACAAAUAAUGAGGCCAACCUCAACAACGAUCUUAUGAAGGAAACUUGUGAAAGGUUGAAGAUUGCUCAUCGAAAUUCCAUGGUUUACCACCCACAGAUGAAUGGGGUAGUUGAGGCUGCAAAUAAGAAUAUCAAGAAGAUUUUAAGGAAAAUAGUGGACAGUCAAAUAAUACCUACCGAGGUGGAAAUACCAUAUUUAAGGAUUAUCCAAGAGGUUGGUCUGGACGAUGCAGAAUGGAUACGUACCAGGCAUGAACAAUUGAUGCUCCUCAAUGAAAAGAGGAUGGACGUGGUUUGUCAUGGACAACUCUAUCAGAACAGCAUGACCAAAGCAUUCAACAAGAAAGUCAAACCUCGACAGUUCACACCAGGGCAGUUAGUAUUGAAGAAGAUCUUUCCUCACCAAGGAGAAGCCAAAGGGAAAUUUGCAGCAAAUCGGAAAGGACCCUACAUGGUUCAUAGAGUACUCUCUGGAGGAGCGGUAAUCUUAGCAAAAAUGGACGGCAGAGUGAGCACGAAGCCAAUCAAUUCAGACUCUAUCAAGAAAUACUACAUCUGA